AUGGCGUCCUCUCAACGCCAGUACAAUACUCUCCAAAAUUGCGAGAGUAUCGCUGCGCCUCCGUUAUCGGAGAACGGUCUAAAUGGUUACGAAGAUGACAUCCGCAGACCAUUGCUGGGCUCUUCAUCGUCGACACAUCCAGAAGGCAACGGCAAGGAGGAUUCGCAGUCAUGGCUACGAGCUGUAUACGAGGAAGGAAAAGAGAUCUGGCUCCAGGGUAAGGGCAUGAUUCUGGUGACGUUGGCGCAGUUCUUUGGUGCUUCCAUGAAUGUCAUGACCCAGAUCCUUGAGCUUGACAGCGGGUUACAUCCUUUCCAGAUCCUCUUUGCCCGCAUGUCGGUGACUGUCGUGGCAAGCUACCUCUACAUGUGGUACACCAAGGUUCCACAUCCUUUCGGGACUCGUCCUGUGCUAGGCCUGUUGAUCUUCCGGGCCAUGGGCGGUUUCUUCGGGGUCUACAGCAUCUACUACGCGGUCCAGUAUCUACCUCUUUCCGAGGCCACUGUCCUGACCUUUUUGGCACCCAUCCUCUGCUGCUACGCUUGUUCACUCUUUAUUCCCAACGAGACAUUCACCCGCAGGCAGCAGCUGGCCGCUCUGGUUUCCAUGGUAGGCGUAGUGCUAAUCGCGCGCCCCUUCUCGUCGUCAGCAACGCCUCCCGACCCGGAAAAGCUGGAAGGGCGCAAGCCCGGCACCACGGACGAUUCUCAGCAUAUCGUGGCAAUUUUGGCGAUGAUGGUGGGAGUCCUCGGAUCAACAUGUGCGUACACGUCGAUCCGGAUCAUCGGCCAGCGGUGCCAUCCCUUGGUCUCGGUCACGUAUUUCUCACUGUUCACUACCGUUAUGUCAUUCCUGGCCAUGUUACUGGUGCCUUCCGUGCCGUUCAAGUUGCCUGAAACUGGCUUGGAAUGGACAUUGAUUGUGGGACUUGGGGUUUGUGGAUUUCUGCUGCAGUUUUUGCUGACCGCUGGAUUGUCAUACGCGCCGCCACCUCCGAGAAGAUCUCAGAGGGUCUCCGGAGGAGAUGGCAGUGAUUGUAAGCCGGCGAGAUCCUCCUCUGGGUCACGUGCCACAUCCAUGAUCUACACGCAGAUGUUAUUUGCACUGUUUUAUGACAAGGUGGUCUGGGGUAACACUCUCUCUCCUUUGAGCUGGGCAGGCUCGGCGUUGAUUGUGGGAAGCGCACUGUACGUGGCAUUGGUGCGUGACGGCAAGAAGAGUGCUGCUGCUGCAGUUGCAGUUGACGAGACUGCAGAAGAAGGGAGGGAACCGGUGGCUUGA